AUGGAGGGUCAGGUGGGGCUGAGGCAGGUGCAGCUUCUGGAGAUCCAUGGAGGAGCUGAAAUCCACCUGCAGCUCCUAGAGAUCCAUGGAGGAGCUGAAACCCCCCUGCAGCCCGUGGAGGAGCCCAUGCCAGAGCAGGGGAUGCACAAAAGGGUGCAGCGCUGGCUCCCAGGGGGGGUGUCCAGGCUGGUCAAGCCACCCAUCCAGGUGUAUGGGCUGGAAGGGCGCUAUGCCACCGCCCUCUACUCGGCAGCCAGCAAGCAGAAGAAGCUGGAGCAGGUGGAGAAGGAGCUGAGCAGGGUGUGGAGCCUCCUGAAGGACCCCAAGCUGUCCAGUGUGGUGAUGAACCCUCACACCAAGAGCUCAGUGAAACAAAAAGCCGUCAAUGAUGCCCUGGCAAAAGAGAGGAUGUCCCCAAUCACUGUCAACCUGAUGAAUCUGCUGGCUGAGAACGGCCGCCUGCGUUACACCCCGGGCAUCGUCUCUGCCUUCGGGAAGAUCAUGAGCGCUUUCCGAGGGGAGGUGGUGUGCACGGUCACCACGGCUCAGCCCUUGGAUGAGGCCAACCUCACUGAACUGAAGAGCGCUCUGAAUGGGUUCCUAGCUAAAGGAGAGGUGUUGAAGCUGCAGACUAAGACUGAUCCAUCAAUCCUUGGUGGCAUGAUUGUCAACAUUGGGGAGAAGUACGUGGACAUGUCAACAAGGUCCAAGAUCCAGAAACUCACAAAAAUCAUGAGAGAAACUGUCUAAGAGAGCUGCCCUGGUCAUUCCCAGGGAAACCAUGGCAACAGUCACAUGGAAACAAUAAAAUUCUUCCUUCUUGUGGA